AUGCCAUUGGUUAUCUUGCUAUUGAAGCUUGCCCAUUGGGUUCCUACUGCCCACUUGCAACGCUCAAUAAGGCUACUGGUGUAUGUGAACCGUACACCUACCAACUACCUCCUGGACAUCCAAAUCAUACGUGUGGUGGGGCAAACAUUUGGGCGGAUUUUGCCAGUACUAGUGAGGUAUUCUGUUCAGCAGGCUGCUUUAUGUACUCUUCUGCUCAUUAUUUACAAUUGUUCUGACCAAGUUAUCAGCACACGGGAAAGGAGACAUGCCAAAUCCAGGGAAGCGGCUGCUAGAAGUGUUAGGGAGAAAACAGAGGCACGUGAAAGGUGGAAAGCUGCCAAAGAGGCUGCUAAGAAGCAUGCAUCUGGAUUACAAGCUCAAUUUUCUCGCACAUUUUCUCGUAAAAAAAUUGUUACACAUUCUGAGCAACUUAAAAUCUUGAAUCCAGCAAGAAGCGAAAGAGAUGAUGACUUAUACCCACCUAUGCUCCCAAGCAGUUCAGGUACAUAUCAGCAAUCAUCUACUACAUCCAAAACAAAGAAUACAGAGCCUAAUGAUCUUAUGAAGAUGAUGCAUGCAAUUGAAGAUGAUCCUGAUAUUUCUGAAGAUUUCAGCUUGGAAAUUGAAGAUAGAAAUACCAAAAAGAAAAUGCCAAAGGAAAAACAAAUUCAUACUCAUAGUCAGAUUUUCAAGUAUGCAUAUGCACAAAUUGAGAAAGAGAAAGCUCGGGAGCAGCAGAACAAGAAUCUUACCUUCUCAGGAGUGAUUUCGUUGGCAACAAAUAAUGAAAUCCGGAAAAGGCCUGUGAUUGAGGUCUCUUUCCGAGACCUAACCCUUACUUUGAAAGGAAAGAAGAAACAUCUUUUGAGGUGUGUUACUGGGAAGAUCAUGCCUGGCCACAUUACUGCUGUGAUGGGUCCAUCGGGGGCUGGGAAAACAACUUUUCUUUCUGCUCUUGCAGGAAAAGCAGUUGGAUGCACACUAACUGGUUCCAUUUUCAUAAAUGGAAAGACAGACUCAAUCCAUUCAUAUAAGAGAAUCAUUGGUUUUGUGCCACAAGAUGAUGUUGUGCACGGAAAUUUGACUGUGGAGGAGAAUCUCUGGUUCAGUGCAAGGUGCAGCCCUAAUGUAAUUGCUGUUUUAGAUGCAGAGUCUAAAGGUAAUAUCAAGCUGUAUAUAACAAGCAUGGGAUGGUAA